CGGGCAUUUCCGGUUGAAUGGGCCUAGCCAUAUGACACGAUAAACGGUGUCUAGAUAAGUCUGAAACUAUGGCAAGUUCUACCGUUUUAAAACUAAAUGAUGGCAUAGAAAUGCCUUUAUUUGGCAUUGGAUUGUAUAAUGUAAUUGAAAAUGUGGAUAAAACAAUCCAAUAUGCUUUGCAAAAUGGUUACAGAAUGUUUGAUACAGCGAAGUACUACGGGAAUGAGUUGGAGAUCGGACAGGCCUUGAGGAACUCUGGUGUCGAAAGAAACAAUUAUUUUGUCGUAACAAAGCUGUGGAUCAGCGAUCAUGGCUACAAGAAGACCAAAGCUGCAUUUAUGGAAAGUCUGAAAAAGCUAGGACUUGAGUAUGUUGACUUGUAUCUUAUUCAUUCGCCAAGUGGCGGGAAAAUAGUAGAGACCUGGCAAGCCAUGGAAGAAUUGAAGAAGGAUGGCCUAAUCAGAAGUAUUGGGGUUUCAAAUUUCAACGUGCACCACUUAGAAAAACUUAAAGAAGCCUGUGAUAUUAAUCAGAUGCCAUUACCUAGCAUUAAUCAAAUUGAGAUUCACCCGUGGCUUCAGCAACAAAAGAUCAUUGAUUACUGUAAAAGCCUUGGCAUCAAUGUGAUGGGGUUUUGCCCCCUUGCAAGGUGUGUAAAAUUUAACAAAACUCCUGUUCUCGCAGAAUUAUCAAAGAAGUGGAAUAAGACAGAGGCUCAAAUAUUACUGCGCUGGGCAAUCCAAAGAAAGAUUUUCACAAUUCCGAAGUCCUCGAACCCUUCAAGAAUUAAAGAAAAUGCUGAAAUUUUUGAUUUUCAGAUUGAUGAAAGUGAUAUGGAAAAGUUAAAUGCUCUUGAAGAAGGACUUCGUGUUUCAACAAACGCCAUUGAACGGCCAUGGGUUGAGUAAAUGGAUUAAAAUUGUAUCGUUAUAGCCACGUAUUUCUUCAGUAGUAGUCCUAUAUUUAUAACCAAUAUAUACUAGAUAGGUUACUUAUGUUUCCUAUAAUAUUUUUAGAUCCUAUUUAUAUAUUUAAUAUGCAGCCAAGCAGUCAAACAUUAUAAUGCCAAAAGCAAUUUUUUAAGGAAUCUUGGGGUCAGCAAUUUGUUCAUUCAUUCGUGACAUUUUUUAAAUGUUUUGACAGUUAAAGAACUUAACAUGUAUUAGUAUAUCUCACAAUGUUCUAUAUGUCUCUUAUAAAACAAAGUUAGUUUGACUUUUUAGAUUAGUUAAUAAUGAGAUUGUCAAGCAAACAUUUUGCCAAGUCCAGUUUCAGAAAAAGUCUGCAAAUGAAUUAUUUAAUCUUAAGCAAAUAGCACCAGGUACAAUGUAAUCAUGGUUUCUGGUAUAUCUAUUUAACAUUAACUGUUUCUUUUGAAAGGUUUAUUAUAAUAGAAGAUUUUUGAAUUUGUAUCAUGCUGAAGUUUCAACGAGAGCCUAAGAAUGAAGAUGUUGCAAUAUGUAGAUAUUAUUGUUCAGUUGUAAUCAAAUUUACCUGCAGUAGAUGUAACCAUCACGAUCAGCACCAACAAAUCCUGCCUUCUCUUUGAGAAAUGACUCUUCGAUUUUAUCAAAUUUGAUAAUUGUAUAUACAUUCAACCCUACAAUUAUAUAAUA